GAGAGAGUGAGACCUAAAACAACUGACGGGAAAUUCAUCCAAGCGCUCAGGACGCACAGACGGAGUUGCACAACCAGCUUUCCAAAGGGACUCCAAAAAGCAGACAGCCCUCAGUUCUACCAACACUCACUGCAAGUGGAUUUUAUUUGCAGCUAGAAAGACUUUUUGUUGAUAAUUUGGGGCAUUUACUUAUAGAGACAGUUUAGAGAGCUCUGAUUUUGAGGCGCCUGUUUCCUUUUUUUGUUUUUUUAACUUGUGAAGACAUGCAUCGGUGCACAGCAGUGCUACUUUUGUUAGUUGUGGCCUUAUACUUCCUGAGCACAGAAGCUUACAAGUGCAGGUGCACCAGAAAAGGACCAAAGAUCAGAUACAAGGAUGUGCAGAAGCUGGAGAUCAAACCCAAACACCCGUACUGCCAGGAGAAGAUGAUAUUCGUGACGAUGGAGAAUGUGCCUCGUUUCAAAGGGCAGGAAUAUUGCCUUCAUCCCAAUCUUCAGAGCACCAAGAAUCUGGUCAAAUGGUUCCGCAUCUGGCAGGACAAACACAGGGUGUACGAAGCCUAAAACUGUCCAGCACACGUGGAUCAAAGGAGACAAAACAUUGGACACCCCCAGGACUGUUUUUGUGAAGUACAUGAAGUUCUCUACAACCAAACUGUACUUCUUCCGCUUCUGCCAGAGAUCUGUCAAGCGCAUUAAGAGAUAUCUUUAGUUCAUUUAUAAGCUGGUGAGCUUUUAGUCAGCUAUCAAUCUAGUUACAAUCACUUUCCAUAGCGGACAAGACGCCACCGUCUCUGCUCAAACAGUUGUAGGUUUGGUCAAUUGUGAUUUAAAGGGACCUCUCUCUUGCUUUGGCUUUUAGGCUUUCAAAGUGAAGAACAUGUAGAAAUGUGUCGUUCCGUUUCAUAGGCUCUCACUACUCUGUGUUCAGUGUGACUGGUAUAAUAUAUGGAAAACACCAACACUUAAGAUCUGGUUACAUGGGUUAAGAGGUUGUAAUCGAAAUGCAGAGAUAAAGGUCCUCAGUGGUUCUAUCUAUUUCUAGCGUAGGAUCAGUCAGUCUGCUUACAUAUAAUACACAAGUUACUGUUGUUCAGUGAGAUAGUGGUCUACCACUGUGUGUGUGUUUACCAUGUGCAUGCUAGUCAUAUGUAUCAAACAGCCACACCACUCUACAGCACCACUUUGUCAAAUAUUAUCAAAUUAAUUGUCAGGGUGUAGGUUCAGUAUAUAUUUAAAAGUACUACAAGUUCAUUUGUGCCAUUGCUACACUCAGUAAGAAGGCAAUAGUGUGUAGUGGACAUCAACAAAAGAUCUGUUAUUUGUUUUUACUGAUUUGAAGAUUUUUUUUAGCUCAGUUUCUUGAAAUAAAUGUGUAAUGAAGCAAUAUUUCCUGAAAUCUGCCUAGAUAUCCACUGUACUGAUGUUUAAAGAAUAAGGCUGGUAGUAUCCUGUAUUUGUGCUGUUGUCAACCAAUCCUUUAAAGAGACCAAAAUGAACAAUGGCUUAGUUUGUCUGUGGCGUUCUGUAGUAUUCAAACCCAUUAAAGCAUAUAUUCCUAAAGACAGGUCAGGAAUAAAUACUUUUGUUUUUUAAAAAGGCUAAAUAACCUCCUAAAGCAGCUGGGCAUUGAAGUUCUUAGCAAACACUACACAAAGCAGACCGAGUGGCACAUUUGUUGAGGGACUAUUUUUAGCUGUAUAUUAACACAUUUGGUGCUUUGCUGAGUAGUUAUGGCACCAGAACACUGGCUCAAACUAGGGUUAAGAUUAAUCGUAUCAUCCAGUGCGACAGUGUUGCUCAGUGAUGUGCUUUUAAUAGAUUUUAGCCAAUAAUGGAGCUCUAUGGCACAGAUACAGUAAGUUGUAUCAGGUCUCAGACACUCACGAAAUAUUUAUUAGGAUUGAUUCAUUGUUGGUCUUGUGUUUUUUUAAGGGAUUUGCUAACAAUAAGCAAAAUACAAAAUAUUAUUUCAAACAGGUUACGGACUGUGUUACUGUCUGAGCGCUGGAUGAGAGCAAAAUCUGACUUUUUUAGAAUUAAAGUGGUCCAUUUUGGUAGAAAAUUCAAAUAUUCUCUAUCACAGUGACUAUCCACAUACCAAACAGCACUCACAGUUGUUUAAAUAUAUGGCAGGCUAGUCAUUUGUACUGCUAAUGAUCAUUUCACUGUCUCCUACCAUACUACGUGGUUGAUGAUACUCUGCUCUGUAAUGAGUCUCCUCUAGUAGAUCUCCCGAACAGUGCUGUCAGUUGUGUCCUUAUUUUGUGAGCUAUAGAUACACUUUGUUAUAAAUGUGGUUGUGUGUUGUUUAUUGUCACCAAACAGAAUUUUAUGACGUGUUGAUUCAUUUGGCAGUUAAUUGGGUAACACACCUCAUCUCAACAGCACAAACUGCAUCUUCCAAAAUGAUCAUCCAGUUGAAUAAAGCCUUCUCUGCAACAUUUUGAACAAACAUUGAUCAUUAUCAUCUUCAUGAAGGAUGGUUUAUUUCAGCACUGUUGGAUUAGUUCUAACUAGGUGUGCCUAAUAAAUUGCCAACUGAGUGCAUAUAUAAAGUAGCAUAUAUACAGAAGAGGUUUCUCUUUAUAUUUUGAAGAAUGUGUAUUACCCUUUGUAUUAUAUCCUAUAUUUAAAUAUAUAUACAGAUGCAUUUGUAAAUGGACCAGUAUAGCAUAUGUUAGUGAGAAUGAAUCCACCUUAAGGCUCUGUAGUGUCACAUACAUUGUAUUACUGCAUUCUAGUUGUUUUUGCUAUUUAAAUUUGAUUUGGUAAGAGAUAUUUGGAGGAUGAGUGUUGGGACUGACCCACUAUAUAUACACUGUUAGACAAUGCAUAGAGUGUAAAACAAUAAAAACAGCAAUAAAGUGUUUAUAGAGCAA